AUGUACGCCAGUAAAGUGGGAAAAAUCAAGAGUCGACUGCCUGUGGUGGCAUGGCGUGAGUGUCAGGAUGUAACGGAAGGAUCAAAGGGCAGGAAAGCAGAAGCCUCAACAGCCUGGAUGCAGUUACUCGAAGGCUAUAUAUCCCGAUCGCAUAUACACGGUUUAUAUGUGCUAUUUUUACCAACCAUGCGACGCCGCAUGCGAGUUCUCUGGUCUUUGGCCUUGAUCUGUGCUUGUUCUGUGCUGAUUUACGUGAGCUAUCUGUUGGCGAAGCGCUAUCACAACAAGCACUUUCAGACGACUAUAGCCAACUCGCAUGCCCCCAUGCAUCAGAUUGCCUUUCCAGUGGUCAUAAUAUGCAACAAGAAUCGCUUGAAUUGGUCACGAUUGGCAGAGGUUCGGAGCCGAUACAACAUUACCCCAUCCCAGGAGCCCCUGUUCGAGCGUAUACUAACUGCCUACGAUGGUUUGAGUUUCCACCAAUUUAAAGUCUUUGAAUCUCUGGAGAAUCAGCCGCUGCAGGCUCUCAAUCAUUUGAAUUUCACUCAGAUUGUCAGCGAAAUGUCCUGGCGAUGUGAUGAGAUCCUCAGCGAUUGUAGCUGGAGUACGGCAGCUCGGAAAUGCUGUCAUCUUUUCCGGCCACGUCGUCUGCCUUUGGGAUACUGUCUGGCGUUCAAUGAGCUGGAACAGCGGCGUAAUGGUGCCUCUGGCAUUGGUACAGGAUUGCUGUUACGGCUCCUGCUCAAUGCCGACCAGCAUGCACCAGGGAAUCUGGAGUCCAAAGGAUUUAUUCUGAACAUAGUGGAGUCCUCAGUGUGGUUCGGCUAUCCCAUCGAAGUGAUGCCCCACACACGGACCAAUGUGGCGGUUACCGCCGUCUAUCACUACUUCGAUGAGAGUACCCUGAGCCUGCCCUCUAGUCGGCGCCUCUGUGUGAUGGACUACGAGCAGGGGAGCGAGCACUUCCACACGCUGAUGGGGCAGAAGUACAUGCUGGAGAACUGCCAGGCCGAGUGCCAGCAGAGGUACCUGCUCCGCUACUGCAACUGCACCUUGGAUCUGUUCUAUCCGCCCUCGAAUUACACCGCCUGUCAGGCAAUAGAUCUACCCUGCCUGGCGGCCCACCAGCACCUGCUGCAGAACUUUGAGCAUUACGGGGAGCAUCCCUAUGUCCAUAGAGAGGAUGCGGGUCUCAUGUGCGACUGUCUGCACAACUGCAAGUCGCUGACCCUCGUGACGGAGCUGCGAAAGAGCGUCCUGCAGCCCUGGCUGCAGCCCAAUGCAUCGCUGACCAAUGGCAUGUGGCUGAAUGUGUUCUUUAAAAAACCCUCGAUGUUGAUCUACAAAACCAAACUGAUCUACACCUGGGUAGAUUUGUUGGUUUCCUUUGGUGGCAUUUGCCAGCUGUGUCUUGGCUGUUCGAUGAUCAGCCUCCUCGAGUUUCUAUUCUUUGGACUGCUCAAAGUGCCACGCUUUUAUUGGCAGAGGAUGAGGCAAUAG